ACAACGCUAUAAAACAGGCGUCGGCUUGGAGAGUCGCGGCAGAGAAACACACUGGAAGCACAAUGGAGUUUUGCUUAUUGAUCCUAUUUGCUUUUUGCUCCUCUUUUUCCCAAGCGUUGGCGCUGCGACCCCGAGGUGUGUGCCUCCUCCAAGUCGACGAGGGUCCCUGCAGAGCCGAAAUGGAACGUUACUACUACAACACCAUCACCCAAAAGUGCGAGCUGUUCUACUACGGAGGGUGCCAAGGCAACGCCAACAACUUUAAGACUUAUCACGAGUGCCACAAAACAUGCUUUAGAAUACCGAAGAUCCCUCAGACGUGCAGGUUUCCCAUGGAGGAGGGGCCCUGCCGAGCCCUCUUCAGCCGCUAUUUCUUCAACAUGACCAGCAUGCAGUGUGAGCUUUUUUACUACGGCGGCUGCCAGGGCAAUGACAACCGCUUCCCCGACUUGACUUCCUGCAAGGAGUACUGCAGCCCGCGAAAAUCGGUUCCCGUGCUGUGCCUGGACCCUCUGGACAAAGGCAAAUGUUCUGCCUCCAUACCACGCUACUACUACAACAAGACCACCAAGACCUGCGAGGAGUUCACGUAUUCAGGCUGCGGUGGGAGCAGCAACAAUUUCGUCUCCAGGCACAGCUGCAUGGACGUGUGUGUUAAAGGAGGUAAAAAGGGCAGCGGAGGAAAAAUGCGCCGCCUGAGACGAAACCGCAUCACUUUCUUGCAAGCGUAGACUGACGGACUCCCGCGCACGCCUGUAUUUUCCAUAUUUUGACUUUGACGGCAACAUGUUCUGUUGCACUUUUGAGACUGUAAGAUUGUAAUGUAUGUUUUAUGCGCCGGUAGACGAAGCACUAUUUUGUGUAAAUAUCUAUAUUUUAUAAAGUAUUUUUUACUAUU